AUGCGGUACAACCGGAAAAACGAAUCAGUGCUGUUGUCUUAUGGUGAUGACGAUGAUGGCGAUGAUGAUGAUGAUGGUGAUGAUGAUGAUGGUGAUGAAGAUGAUGAUGAUAUAUGUGUGGUGGAUAAUGAGGAAAAAAGAAUGAAGGAAAAAGAUGACCGCUUGUUCUAUGUGACCAAUUGA